AAUUGAUUGACUAACAAAUACUAUAGAUUCAAUUAAACAAACUCAUAUGAGGCAUAAUGACAGACAAAAAAUUCCAUCAUUAACACAGAGGCAGCAACUAAUGCAAAAUCACAGAGGCUAACUUAGAAAAUCACAGAAAAUCUCAACAAUGCCAUAGUAAUUAAUAAAUGUUUAAGGUAAAUAAAAAUUACAGAAAUCAAAGAGGCUGAGUUAGUGGAAGGAAUGGCGGCCAUGGCGACCAACAGCGGCGACGAAGACUGAACUGCAACAAACACGAUUUUGCCUCCAACGAUCUUUCUGAACGGCGACGAAGAUAACCUCUUCUAACGCGACGAAAACGGUGACGAUUCUGCUUCUCACUCGACGAAGACGGCAACGCGCCAACGCUUCUGCCUUUGACGAUUCUCCUCGGGCUGGGUUAGGCACGCGAUGGGCACAACGGCGAUGUUCUCGGCCAGAUUUCUCAGAUGCAGGACGAUGGUUCUGCGGUGAUUUUGAGAAUGAGAGGAGAGAAGCGGUGAGAAAGGGAAACACGGCAGUGAGGGGGACGAAGGUGGCAAACCACGGUGAGAGGAGAGGUGGAGACUGGAGAGGAUUUACGAAUUUGAGAAGAGAGGCUUAGAGAAAGUGACGGCACUGAGGGAAUGAAAUUGGGAUUUACGGUUUCACUUUCAUACAUUCAUGUGAAACUAAUAUAUAUAUAAGGGUAUUUUUGUCAUUUUGUAUAUACGGGUAUUACACGGAUAUUUCCGGGGCGGGGACUUCAAUCCCUGCCCCCGCCCCGUUUAUUUAACGGGUCCCCGCCCCCGUUUCCGCGGGGUAAAAUUCCUCCCCAAAUUCAUUUCCCGGCAGGUAAAUCCCCGCGGAUACCCGCCCCGCCGGGGAAAAUUGCCAUGCCUAUGGAGAGUAAGUCUAUGACCCCAUAUGAAUUUAUUUACUAAUAUCAUGCUUAGCACAUUGGUCUCAUAACUAAGAACCUGAUUCCAGUUAUGGUAAAUAGAUAAAGUAGAAGUCUGUGAAGAAUGGAGGAUAGGAACAGAGGAGUUAGCUCCCUUUUCAUCAUUUAGGCAGUUAACAACAACUGUUACUGAUUUAUCGGUGGUUUUUAUUACCAUGCGGAGAUGAAGGAGGUUAUUUGAAUCCCAUAAGUUUAAUUCAAGAUGAGAUGAAACCCUGCAUAAUCGGGAACACGCAAAAAGAUUACCCGGGCAUUUCAAUUACAAUACCCUUACCUGAGGUCUCUGAGAUGCAUGCUCAAUUUCACUAUAAGGAUGGUGCAUUUUUCUUGACCGAUCUGCGUAGUGUUCAUGGCACCUGGAUCACUAACAAUGAAGGAAGGCGAUACCGGAUACCUCCAAAUGAUCAAGCUCGUGUGCGCCCAUCAGAUGUGAUUGAUUUUGGUUCACAAAAGGCUUCAUUUCGAGUUAAGGUGAUAAGAUCUACUCCAAGAGCGUCCCAAAACGAAGGGGCGCCAAUAUACCAACAAGUAUGAUUCUGUUUAUAUACAAAUACAUAUCUAUGUUUAUAACAUGUUCAUGUUAAUUAAUUAGGAUAUGAACAUGAAAAUGCUACAAACAACUCUUUUGAUUUUCAUUUACAGAAAUAAAUUAUACAAAAUUACUUGAUACGAGGAAAGAAAAAUUAAAUUGUGAUAGAUAUCUUUUUACUCUUGUG